UACUUAUGGCUCUGGACUGUUUCGUGCAUCGCAGCCCACAACUGUUUUCGCUGCAAUUAGCAGUUGAACUGGCACUGUUGCUCGUUGACGAUCGCACGCUCUGCGCUCCGCUGGACGACAACGGCGCAAAGCCGUGUCAUCAACGUGGAGAGGCUUAUAGAGCGUAUUAGCUCGUGGGGAGUUACCCAGUGACGCGUAGCGCUUACACCGGCAUUGGCAACGGAACGUCAGCUUUAUAGAUUCGCGAGGGGGUUUGUCUGAGACUCGAAGACAAACUAGAACAGUGAUGCUGGUGGUAAUGGUAAUGAUGAUGUAAUAGUACAAGAUAAAUGCUGUGAUUUCACGAAUAGAUUGUUCUUGACUUUAUGCCGAAACACGAACCGUUGCCGUCCUGCUUUCUCGGUCCAGUUUUGCGUGCUGAAGAGUCGCGCACUCUGGUUUAGCUUUGACUUUCUUAUGUCCAGCUGUUUUGAUAGUCGUCACAGCAGAAACAGACGGAUCGCUGAAGAGAAGUUUCAAAAAUCUGUUCAUUCUCUAGUAUGAUAACGCAUUGAUCGAAGUUAAGUUCAGCACUCUGAUAACUGCCAUUUGCCCCGUGUGUGAAAAGUGGAACGUAAGAAGUUUAGCCUGUUCAUAAAAUGAAUAUCGGACGAAGUAGUUACAAAGGAUACUCGAUAACGGACACGGGAAUGACACUGAUUUAGUCAUAUACACUCAGUGGAAACGAGGGCACAAAAUGGCAGAAGAAAUCCGUGGACAGCUUAGAGAUUUGUGAUUUUCGAACGGUACGGCAGACAAAACGUGCGCCGAAAUCCUCUUCUGCCUUCUCCAGCAGAAGCUAUUGUUUUAGUAGAACUUUUUUUAUGCCACACAUUCAUUUAUUGUAACGACGUACGUUGAAGCAAUCUUUCAACCCAUAUUCGCCUGUUUCGGUCUGAUCUGUUACAUUUGUCUGUGACUGCUAAGCAAAUAAUUUCAAUGAAUGAACGAAUCUGCGAUUUCAUUCAAAAAGUCUCUAUCAUUGAAAUGACUUAAACUUGGUUCUCCGCAAAAUACGACCGUCAACCUGUAGUUAGCUUGCGGACAUACGAUCAAACCAUAUACGUACAGGAUAUUUGUACAGGUUACUGAUUUGACAGGAAGAGUUAAACCGGCCAGCGGUAAAAGACUUCGUGAACCGAAGUAUCGAUCCUGAAUUUUGUCAGGCACCGAUAUACUCGUAGAAUGACGACGAAGGGACAAACCGGUAACGGCGACGGCAACAGUCACGACAACAGCAUUGAUACUAAAUAAAUUUUUCGGGAAAGCACAAGAACGGGUGCCAGAAGAGUGUAUAUGGAAAGCGUACCCCGCACGGACUGUUGUACAAAAGUGCUUUAUGUAUAGCGCAGUAAUGGAUAUGGAAAACAUAAGUUUGUAUCUGGAUGAAUACACUUCUGUGAAUCUGUGAGCAACAGAGUGCGAUCCCAGCAGCCACCGUCGGAAAAUACCUCGUCUUAUCUAAAUUGUUUAAUUGGCUAAUUUGGACGAGUAAAAUCAAUCGACUGAUUGCGGAGGAAUGAGCCUUUUUAAGAUAGGAAAAGUAUUACUGCCGGAUACCCGCAUCGUCGAUACCGAAAGCAGCAGCGUCAACGUACUGCACUGGCGUCGAUCAUUAACGGCUUGUAACGGUAAUUGUCAACUCUGCCACUCCAGGAUCUAACGGCUGACCGACCCACAGACGGGUCAAUUCUGAGCCGACCGAAUUCGCUUCUUGUCGGAAAACGGAUUCCGUAAUUUAGAGCUAGCGGAAAUUAAAGAAGCACGAAAUACGAACAGUAACCGUUGUCACUUGAUCGAUGCUCGCUCGACGUUUCGUUGAACGACGGCAAGAUGUUCUGUGUUCUCGAUGUCUUUCGUAGCUGUCUUUUACGGCACCGCCGAUCGCAUGAUAUUACGAUCGUGCCAUCAGCAAAAGAUAGGGGAGGAACGCUUAGGCCUCUGACCCGUUCAAGUUCCACUACCUCGAUUUUGUCCUGCACGAUUCGCAAGGAUGAUUUACCACCGCUGGGAACACUGCAGCCCCGAUUGAGUAUGAGCAGCGCUCACAGUAGUCAGCACGGUUCACUUUUCAGGCCAGUAUCAGUCGUUUCAUCACUGCCUUCCACGCCACCAGCGUUACCAGCUCGGCCUGCAAGUAUCGCAGGACUAGCCUCAAUACCGGAAUCACCUGUACCACCACUCUCACUGCCGUCGGCCAAUGCCGUUAGUGCACCAAAGAUACCUCCACAGCGUUCGCUGGGACAGCACAUUAACACCAGUUCGGCCGAUGGCGUAACUGUUAUUGAGAUCCCAAGUUACACGGGGCCUGUCGACGCAUAUCAGUUGCCUGAAGAACCUCCGUAUUCAGAGCCUUUUGGUUCUGAGAAAACUACAAAAUUCCGGCCACGCAAAAGCCAGGAGAUCAUCGACGUAAUUGUCGCAGUGGGGGAAGACGAACUAUACCAACGAGAGGAUUACUCAUACCAAGACAUCUAUGAGGAAAUUCGUCAGCAUAAGGAUGGAAAUGGCAAAGAUCAGCGCGAAGAAGACCUUCCCGAUGUCGUUACCUCAGCGUACGCCUCAGGGGAACAGGUCUAUCAGGAGCUGCUUGAUCUCGUUAAGGAAGAAGAGAUAAAGGAAGAGAAGCGGCGCAGUCAGCUGUCGAUUACAGUUCAAGGUAAUAUCAUUAUUAAAGAAGCCAAAGAUAUUUCUCCAAAAAAACAAAAUAACAACAACGCGUCGGACACGCGACACUCGAUGGAGUCGGUUGGCUCCUUAGAAGGAGAAUCUUUAGCUUCAGAGAGGAGUUCGUCCGGCUCUUUGGGGUCUGGUGCUGAAGAGCGCGAUUCUCUAGAUGACCUCUACGCCGUUCCGCGAAAGAGGUACAACAAAAACAAGAAGACAAGCCUGUCAAAUAGGUCAGAUGCGAAUGACUCUGGGUCAAGGCUACCCCCUCGUCGGGUGAAAAGCAAUUACACCAGAGGCCCGAAUUGGGCACCAAAGGUUCCCGAAAAAUCUAGCCUGUUACGUCGUACCCUUUCUGACGCUGGCGGGUCAAAAGAAAACGAAGUAGUCAACGCCAGUAUAGGUGAAACUAGUGCAUCAAAUCUUCUAUCCAAUAAAGAAACUGUGACGCAACAAAUGCAAAGUAAUCAUAGCACUAGUUCAAAUUGUAUUGAAAUUGCGCAGAGCAACGGCAUAACUGGCCGAUAUAUUCAGAUCGUGAAGAUCGCGCACGGCCAAAACGACCACCGUGACGUCAUAGAGAACGACCAGCCAGACACACUGUGUCCGGUUUACGAGGAGCUACACAUUCCGUAUGAUCGACUCAUUUAAUGACUGAAACAAAAAAAAAUCUUACAUAGAAUAUUUGUAUGAUUUUUUCGCGUGAUAUGUAUUCGAAAUAUGGUGGACCUAGCAGACCGCGGCACCAAAGCUGUAACGUAGAAUCAAUCGAGGAUAAUGGUGACUAUCGUAGGAGACCAACAGUCACUGGGUUUUCGAUCGAAUUUCAUUUUACAAAGAGCCGUCGUCUAAGCUCGAAGUUGACUAAGCGACAAUGAUGCCAAUGUCGUCCCGUGUGUUUAUCUGUAUCUUCAAUUAAAAUUACGAUUGUUGUUAUUAUUAUUAUUAUUAUUGUUAUUCCAGUUCGUAGUACCCCACUGUCACGUUCGCUUUAUCAGGUCUUUAGACGUUAUUUUACUAUCUUUUAUCAUAUUUAUUUUUAUAUGGAGUCAAACGACGAGCAUUACGUAAAGCUGUAGCGCGCGCAUAUGUAUGUAUGUAUGUAUGUAUAUGCCAGAGUGAUGGAGGCGAUUGUUUGGGCACGGGUUGAACAAACGUUGAUAAUGGAAUGUAAAUAUAUUAGAGAAGAAAAUUAGAUUAUUAGAGAAAGAAUCAGGGGUGAGACCUUGUUCCGUGUUUUCCGCGUGUUUGAAGUGACGACUGUGUUAUGUUAUGUUGUGCUUACUAAAUAAAUGCUUACUGGUCAGUGAAAACGAUCCCGUAUUGAUCGGCAUUGAAUUUGUUGGCUGUUAUUUAUAUCGAUGCUGCUAUAUAACUACAAUGUUACA